AUGUCUGAUUUCGCAUUUAACAACUACUGUAUACAUUGUGACAAAUUAUGUCCUACCAACUCAGUAUAUUGCUCGGAAGAGUGUAAAUCGAUAGAGUAUCAAUCAUCAAUACAGUCUAGCAAUAGCUAUACUACCACUUCGUUUGAACAAUACCCAUCAGUGCAUCAUCACAAUGAAAGCCAGUACCAUCACAACAACUCAGUAUCGUCAGUAGCAUCAACUAGCAGCAAUAAUGAACAUGCGCCAAACGAUAUGGUUUCACCAUUAUUGACGCCAGCUUUAUACCUCCAACAACAGCAACAACAACAACAACAACAACAACAACAACAGCAUCUACAAUCAGUGUCAUCUCCCUUGAUGUUGGCUUCGCAUGUUGAUGUUGAGACCAAAGAUGACAGUCAUUACGACUUGAAUUACUUUGAUUUGAAUUACUCAGUUAAAUCCAACACCAAUUAUACCAGUAAUACAACCAGCAAUGAUUUGAUAAAUUCCACAUCACACAAUUAUCGUAAAUGGUUGACUGCCUUGUAA